AGCCAACUUACCUGUUGCAACUUUGCACACAGGGGUGUCUUCUCUCCCUUGGGUCAGGCUCACCUUGGGGCUCUACAGUGAAUGGACUGUAGACACCAGGGGCUUGUCCAUGGGAGCCCCAAGGCCUGGAGGCUGUCAGAGAUUUGAUGGCUGUCAUUCUUCCACCCCUGAUCUCCAUCCAGGAUCGGCCAGUCACCAAGGGCUCAUACCUUGCCCUCCUGUGCACAAGGCCCCUCCUAGGUGUAUCAUCUCAUCAUGAACAGUGUGGGCUUUGGAGCCAGACAGAUGAAGGUUUGGGUCCAAACACACCAUGUGGCGGAAGAGUCAGCAUCUCCCUGAGCAAACCGUGACACCCAUUCCAAGUUGAAGAGGAAUCACUGAGGUGAUAUGUUAGGAUUUGCAACCCGCCAGCACCCCCGUCCUGGCCCUGGCCCUUCCACAGCAGAGCCGGUGCAGGUAGACAUUCCCUCUACCAGUCAGGAACACCCCUGGGUGCUGAGCAGGCUUCUGUGAGUUUGGUGCUCCUGAUAGCCCUGGGAGACUUCCCUGAUCCCAGCCACCAGGUGGUUACCGUUAAGUCUAACCACAAGUCCUUGGUACCUGGUGCUCAACAUUUGGGAUGUGAGGUGGUUCAGGGAUCCAGUCAGGGGCCAGGCUUUGGGAGGUGGAGGAGGUGAGAGCCUCACACCUGGGCUCUGUCUGAUAAGUCAAGGCCUGAGUGGAGGACCUUGACCCAAAGAGACCCUCCUCCUGCCUAGAGCAAGGAGGAAUAAUGGCAGGGAGCUGAACCUCCACAGCUGCCUGGCCUCAGUCCUGGGACUUUGGCUCAAGGAUGAAGAGAACCAUAAAGCCAGGCCCAGUUCUCAACCUCACGCCUGCCACAGUGUUGCUGCUCAGCCUCAUCCUUACCCUGGUCCUCCUUGGCUCCUCCUUGGGUUGUGGCGUUCCUGCCAUCAGACCGGUGCUGAGCUUCAGCCAGGGGAUUGUCAAUGGGGAGAAUGCAGUGCUGGGCUCGUGGCCCUGGCAGGUGUCCUUGCAGGACAGCAACAGCUUCCACUUCUGCGGUGGUUCCCUCAUCAGUCAGUCCUGGCUGGUCACUGCUGCCCACUGCAAUGUUGUCCCUGGCUGCCACUUUGUCAUCCUGGGCGAGUAUGACCUAUCAUCCAGCGCUGAGCCUUUUCAGGUUCUGUUCAUCUUGCGGGUGGCUCUGCACCCUUUCUGGAACCCCACCACCAUGAACAACGAUCUGAUGCUACUAAAGCUCGCCUCCCCAGCCCAGUACACAACACACAUCUCACCAGUUUGCCUGGCUUCCUCAAAUGAGGUGCUGCCUGAAGGCCUCACGUGCACCACUGGCUGCGGCCGCCUCAGCGGUGCGGGCAGUGUGACUCCUGCACGCCUGCAGCAGGUGAUUCUGCCCCUGGUCACCGUGAGUCAGUGGCAGCAAUACUGGGGCUCACGCAUCACCAACUCUAUGAUCUGUGCAGGGGCCUCGGGGCCUCCUUGUGCCAGGUGAGCACUGGCACCCUGUCCUGGUGAAUGUGGAGGCCCGCUUGUCUGCCAGAAGGGGGACAUGUGGGUGCUCACUGGUAUUGUCUCCUGGGGCGCCAAUAACUGCAACGUGUGUGCGCCUGCCACGUACACUCAGGUUAGCAAGUUCAGUACCUGGAUCAAUCAUAGCCUACAACCAAGCCCACCACAGACUCAGGCCCAGGGUGAAGAUGGGGACUGCUGA